AGUUUGUGUGCUGAUUAAUCUUGGAUAAAUUUACAAAGGAGUUGUUUGAUAAAGUAACACUGGAGCAGAAUAUAGCAGCAUAAAUAUUUGUGAGAAAUAAAAUAAAAGGAGAAAAGCAAGAAAGUUUAUAUAAACUGUGAUUUUAAGGAAAUAUGGAGAAGUAUGAGAAAAGUAAAGCAUUGAUUUCCCCUAAAGACAUAAUACAAGAGAAAAGAAAAUUGUCAUAUGACUGUGAUGUCUGUAGAAAGUCCUUCUCUCAAAAGAGAAACCUAACUAAACACAAACAAAUUCAUUCAGAAGAGAAUCUGUAUUACUCUGAUGUCUCUAGUAAAUCACUCUAUAAAAGUAGUAAAUUUACUGCUCUGAAACGUACUGACACAGGAGAAAAGCCAUAUCAUUGUGAUAUCUGUGGUAAAUCAUUCACCGACGGUAGUAAUUUAACUGCACAUAAACGUAUUCAUACAGGGGAGAAACCCUAUCACUGUGAUAUCUGUGAUAAAUCGUUCACUGACGGUAGUAAUUUAACUGCCCAUAAACGUAUUCAUACAGGGGAGAAACCAUAUCAUUGUGAUAUCUGUGAUAAAUCGUUCACUGACGGUAGUAAUUUAACUGCCCAUAAACGUAUUCAUACAGGGGAGAAACCAUAUAACUGUGAUAUCUGCGGUAAAUCAUUUUCUCAAAAUAAUAAAUUAAUUACACACAAACGUAUUCAUACAGGAGAGAAACCAUUUCACUGUGUUAUAUGUGGUAAAUCAUUCACUGAAAGUGGUACUUUAACUACACACGAACGUACUCAUACAGGAGAGAAACCUUAUCACUGUGAUAUCUGUGGUAAAUUGUUUACUGUAAGUUCCACUUUAAUUAAACAUAAACGUACUCAUACAGGAGAGAAACCAUAUCACUGUGAUAUCUGUGGUAAAUCGUUUACUGUAAGUUCUACUUUAACUAAACACAUACUUAUUCAUACAGGAGAGAAACCAUAUCACUGUGAUAUCUGUGAUAAAUUGUUCUCUUACAGUAGUCACUUAACUAAACACAGACGUAUUCACACAGGAGAAAAACCAUAUCACUGUGUUAUAUGUGGUAAAUCAUUCACUACAAGUGGUACUUUAACUAUACACGAACGUACUCAUACAGGAGAGAAGCCAUAUCACUGUGAUGUCUGUAGUAAAUCGUUUACUGUAAGGUAUACUUUAAUUAAACACAAACGUACUCAUACAGGAGAGAAACCAUAUCACUGUGAUGUCUGUGGUAAAUCAUUCUCUAACACCAGUUCCUUGUCUUCCCACAAGCGUAUUCAUGCAAGGAAGCCACAUCACUGUGAUAUCUGUGCUAAAUCAUUCACUGAGAAUAGUAAAUUAAUUGCACACAAGUGUAUUCAUACAAAAGAGAAAGGAAAUUACGAGGUUAUAGAAGAACUGAUCAGAUUUUCAGAUACAAUAACAGAAGCAAGAAUAAAAUAUGUCCAUUGUGAUUUAAGAAGAAAAAUAAUGGAAGAAAGUGAGAAACUUAAGGAUGUGAUUUUCCCUGCAGGCAUGAUAAAAGAGAAAAGUAAAUUGUCAUAUGACUGUGAUACCUGUAAAAAGUCAUUCCCACAAGAAGGUAACCUAAAUACUCAUAAAUGUAUUCAUACAAGGGAAAAGCCAUAUUGCUGUUAUAUAUGUGGUACAUCAUUCACUGGAAGUAUUAAAUUAACUAGGCAUGUACGUGUUCAUACGGGGGAGAAGCCAUAUCAGUGUGAUAUCUGUGGUAAAUCAUUCUCUCAAAAUGUGUUAACGACCCACAAACGUAGUCAUACAGGUGAGAAGCCGUAUCACUGUGAUAUCUGUGGUAAAUCAUUCUCUCGAAGUUAUCACGUGACUUCUCAUAAACGUAUUCAUACAGGAGAGAAGCCGUAUCACUGUGAUAUCUGUGGUAAAUCAUUCUCUGUAAGUAGUAACUUAACUACUCACAAACAUACUCACACAGGAGAGAAGCCAUUUCACUGUGACGUCUGUGGUAAAUCCUUCUCUGCAAAUAGUCACUUAACUACACACAAACGUAUUCAUUCAGGAGAGAAACCAUACCACUGUGAUAUUUGUGGUAAGUCAUUCUCUGGUAGUGGUGACUUCACGAAGCACAAACGUAUUCAUUCAGGAGAAAAGCCAUUUCACUGUGAUAUUUGUGGUAAAUCAUUCUCUGAAAGUUAUAAAGUAACUAAGCACAAGCGUAUUCAUUCAGGAGAGAAGCCGUAUCACUGUGAUAUCUGUGGUAAGUCUUUCUCUCAAAGUUACAACUUGACUAAACACAAACUUAUUCAUUCAAGAAUGAAAUCAUUUCACUGUGAUUUGUGUGGUAAAUCAUUCUCUUUAAGCAGUCACUUAGCUGAACACAAAAGUAUUCACACAGUGGAAAAGAGAUAUCUCUGUGAUAUCUGUGGUAAAUCAUUCUUCAAACGCCGUGCGCUAAAUAGGCACAAACGUAUUCAUACUGGUGAGAAGCCAUUUCAUUGUGAUAUCUGUGGUAAAUCAUUCCGCAUAAGUAGUGACUAUACUAAACACAAGCGUAUUCAUUCGGGAGAGAAGCCAUAUCACUGUGAUAUCUGUGGUAAAUCAUUCUCUCAAAGUAAUAAUUUAACAAAACACAAACAUAUUCAUACAGGAGAGAAACCAUAUCAUUGUGAUAUCUGUGGUAAAUCAUUCUCUCAAAGUCAUAACUUAACUUCUCACAAACGUAUUCAUUCAGGAGAAAAGCCACAUCAUUGUGACAUCUGUGGUAAAUCCUUCUCUGUAAUUAGUAACCUAACUUCUCACAAACGUAUUCACACAGGAGAGAAGCCAUAUCAUUGUGAUAUCUGUGGUAAAUCAUUCUCUCAGAGUGGUAGCUUAACUACACACAAACGUAUUCAUACAGGAGAGAAGCCAUAUCAUUGUGAUAUCUGUGGUAAAUCAUUCUCUCAGAGUGGUACCUUGACUUCACACAGACUUACUCAUACAGGAACGACUCCAUAUCACUGUGACAUCUGUGGCAAAUCAUUCUCUCAAAAUAGCGCUUUAACUACACACAAACGUACUCAUACAGGAGAGAAGCCAUAUCACUGUGAUCUUUGUAGUAAAUCAUUCUCUGUCAGCAGUAAUCUUUCUGUACACAAAUAUAUUCAUACAAGAGAGAAAAAAGAGUAGAUUGUGUGUUUUUUCUGUAAAUUUUUUUCUCUCCUUAAUAUUCCUGGGAUUCAUGUGAUGGAAAUCAUGAUUGUGGAAGUGUUUUACCAAAACUUUCAGUUCUUUUCAUCAUCUUAAUAUUUUCUUGCUGUGCCAUCCUCUACUUCCAUUCUUUUUUCCAUAAAUUAGGGACCCCUAUUCUAAAACUGCUCCUCCUGGCAACCCUGCACAUGGCUUUUGUUGAAUGUCAGUUCCACAAUUUACUGUAUAUUUCUUGUUUAUUAGUUUUUCAAUGCUUUACUCAUUAAAUAUUUUCAACACUAACAAAA